AAUAAUAAGAACCUGCUUCAAGUUUUCGUAUCAUUCUUGUACACGCCUAAUAUUUUUCUGCUCCUGGAUUCACCACUGCACACAGCUUAGGAUCGGACUCAGGUUUCAUCUUCAAGUUCUUGCAAAGAUAAGGCUCUGGGAAAUCAUGGCUGAAAGUGAUUUUUACUCGAAAGAUGGAACAGUGGAUUACCAGGGAAACCCUGCAAAUAGAAAGAGAACAGGAACCUGGAAAGCAUGCCCCUUUAUUAUUGGAAAUGAAUGUUGUGAAAGGUUGGCCUACUAUGGGAUGAGCAGCAACCUGGUGCGCUACUUCAAGCAUCGACUCAAUCAGCAUAGUUCCGUUGCUACUCGAAAUAACCAGAACUGGAGUGGGACAUGCUACAUCACACCGUUGAUCGGAGCAUUUCUGGCGGAUGCUUACCUGGGAAGAUACUGGACAAUCGCCCUUUUCUCGAUCGUUUAUGUAUUCGGAAUGACACUUCUGGCACUGUCUGCAACGGUACAUGGAAUCAGGCCAAGGUGUUACGCAGAAGAUAACUGCGACCCGACCGUGACACAAAGUGCUGUCUUCUUUGUAGCACUUUACAUGGUUGCACUGGGAACAGGAGGAAUAAAGCCUUGUGUCUCAUCAUAUGGAGCUGAUCAGUUUGAUGACACCGAUGAAGCCGAGAAGAAACACAAAAGCUCUUUCUUUAACUGGUUUUAUUUUUCCAUUAAUAUUGGUGCUCUGAUUGCUUCUUCUGUGCUGGUCUGGGUACAGGAUAAUGUCAGUUGGGGAUGGGGUUUCGGAAUUCCUGCCAUCGCUAUGGCAAUUGCUGUUGCAUUUUUCUUUUCAGGUACUCGUUUAUACCGGAACCAAAAGCCUGGAGGCAGCCCUCUCAUGCGCCUCUGUCAGGUGGUGGUUGCAUCCUUCAGGAAACUACGAGUAUCCAUUCCUGCUGAUAAGUCACUUCUGUACGAGACUGCGGAUGCUGAAUCCAAUAUCAGGGGAAGCAGGAAGGUCGAGCACACACAAGAUCUUAGUUUCUUUGACAAAGCAGCUGUGGAAACUGAAUCAGACCACAAAAAGGGUACAGUAAACCCAUGGAGACUUUGUACAGUUACUCAAGUAGAGGAGCUAAAAGCCAUAAUUCGCCUGCUUCCCAUAUGGGCUACCGGGAUCAUCUUUGCUGCUGUCUACAGUCAGAUGAGCAAUUUAUAUGUGUUGCAAGGUGAAAGAAUGAAUACUCACGUUGGCAAUUCUACUUUCAAGAUCCCACCAGCAUCGCUUUCGAUAUUCGACACCCUCAGUGUGAUCUUUUGGGUGCCAAUGUAUGACAGAAUCAUCGUCCCAGUGACUAGAAAAUGCACCGGUCACAAGAAUGGCCUAACUCAACUUCAGCGGAUGGGCAUUGGCCUCUUCAUAUCAAUAUUCGCCAUGGUAGUGGCAGCAAUUCUGGAACUUGAAAGACUCCGACAAGUGAGGAGGCACAAUUACUAUGAGGUUAAGGAAAUGCCGAUGACAAUCUUUUGGCAAGUUCCACAAUAUUUUCUCAUAGGAUGUGCAGAGGUUUUCACGCUGAUCGGACAGUUGGAAUUUUUCUACGAGCAAGCACCGGAUGCCAUGAGGAGUUUCUGCUCGGCUCUACAACUCACUACCAUUGCACUCGGUAACUACUUGAGCUCUCUGCUCGUCACUAUUGUUACCAGUAUAACUUCUAGGAACGGAAAGCUGGGUUGGAUACCUGACAACUUAAAUUAUGGCCAUAUUCAUUACUUUUUCUGGCUCUUAGCAGUGCUGAGUGUGCUGAAUUUAGGAGCGUUUCUGUUGAUUGCGAAAUGGUACACAUAUAAAAAGUCAGUGGGGACUCUUCGUUGAUUUUGUACCCAUUUUACCUGCUGAAGCAACUGUAAACAAUUGUAUAUAGGUUCCCCACUCCCUCUCCAAUUCUCUAAAAUUGUUCAAAAAGUACCAGAAGAAAAAUAAUAAAAUCUUUAAGUUACAUUGUAA